CCCCCUCUGCGUGCCGCGUCAUCAUCUAGCGCCCCCGCCAAGACGUGCGAAAAGCGACGGCGCAGCACGGUACGGCGCAGCUCUUGCUCGCCUUUCCCCUUGCUGGGCGAGAGGUGUCUAUGGGGCACCCGCUGCCGCCGCCGCUACCGCCACCGCCACCGCCGCUGGGUGCUGUCUCUAUGGCGAGGAGGAGGAGGAGGAGCGCGAGCUCAGCGACACAAGUACAUAAAUAAAGGAUAAAAUAUUUUAUGAAACAGAUCUUCAAUCAAGUAUAACAUUUUGAUGCUUGGCAUCUAGACUCCCUUGUGCCCUCACUAUGCCAGCGGCAACUGUAGAUCAUAGCCAAAGAAUUUGUGAAGUUUGGGCUUGCAACUUGGAUGAAGAGAUGAAGAAAAUUCGUCAAGUUAUCCGAAAAUAUAAUUACGUUGCUAUGGACACCGAGUUUCCAGGUGUGGUUGCAAGACCCAUUGGAGAAUUCAGGAGCAAUGCUGACUAUCAGUACCAACUAUUGCGGUGUAAUGUAGACUUAUUAAAGAUAAUUCAGCUAGGACUGACAUUUAUGAAUGAGCAAGGAGAAUACCCUCCAGGAACUUCAACUUGGCAGUUUAAUUUUAAAUUUAAUUUGACGGAGGAUAUGUAUGCCCAGGACUCUAUAGAGCUACUAACAACAUCUGGUAUCCAGUUUAAAAAACAUGAGGAGGAAGGAAUUGAGACCCAGUACUUUGCAGAACUUCUUAUGACUUCUGGAGUGGUCCUCUGUGAAGGGGUGAAAUGGUUGUCAUUUCAUAGUGGUUACGACUUUGGCUACUUAAUCAAAAUCCUAACCAACUCUAACUUGCCUGAAGAAGAACUUGACUUCUUUGAGAUCCUUCGAUUGUUUUUUCCUGUAAUUUAUGAUGUGAAGUACCUCAUGAAGAGCUGCAAAAAUCUCAAAGGUGGAUUACAGGAGGUGGCAGAACAGUUAGAGCUGGAACGGAUAGGACCACAGCAUCAGGCAGGAUCUGAUUCAUUGCUCACAGGAAUGGCCUUUUUCAAAAUGAGAGAAAUGUUCUUUGAAGAUCAUAUUGAUGAUGCCAAAUAUUGUGGUCAUUUGUAUGGCCUUGGUUCUGGUUCAUCCUAUGUACAGAAUGGCACAGGGAAUGCAUAUGAAGAGGAAGCCAACAAGCAGUCAUGACAUGAAAUAGUCCUUUUAUUUUUAUUUUAUUUCGAGCUACACACAUGCUUGUAUAUAGGUUUUAUCUCUGGUUGAAUCCCUUGAACAAUAGACAGUACCUUUCCCCCCCCCUUUCAUGGCCCAUUUUAUUGUCUGCCUUUCACUACUAAGUAUGACCAUUCCUAUCUCAGAUCUUAAUAAAAAACAAAACAAAAAACAAAACAAAAAUGCAUUCAGGUUAAAUUUGGCCUUAAUUUAAUAUACUUGUUAGCAAGCGUGUGUGACAGAGAGUGGGGAAAGCUACAUCACUGAAUAUUUUGAUUAACUUUACCUACUUGAGUUUGGUUUAUUUUUCCCUUUUCCUAAAUUGACUAGCACUGACUGUAAUUUAUUUCCCUAUUUCAUGUCUCUCUCUUCCAUUCUGCAGGAGUUUUAGCUAUUUGAGAUUGUGGACCAUCAGUUUUGCACUUUAGAGAGUGUUUCUGACUCAAAACCUCUGUUUUAUCAAAAAUUUUGUUUUUUCUUGAUCUUAGCUGGAAAAAUGACCAUCUGCCAACUUUACACAGUAUUUACUUGGUUUUGACUCACAGAAUAUAGCAUAUUCAUUGUGCAAACUGUCGAUUCAGCGAAACUAAAAAAAAAAAGACAAGAAACUACUGAGGAGCUUAGUAACUGCUGUUUCUGUACGUAGUGUUUAAUCUUCCAAGCACAUCUAGUGUCUGUCAGUUUCUAAUUGGCAUGUGUAGGCUGCUCUGUGACUGAAGAAUUUUCAAACCAGCUUUACACCCUUCAGGAAAAAUCCCUUGUGAUUGGAUAUUUAGUAUCUGCCAGGAAACUGGUACUCAAGAUGUUGAAGCUACAGUUAUUUUAUGAUAGCACACUUCCCUUGAUUUGCCUAUUUUUAGUCCAUCACCAUUUACCCAUGUCUUUUUUAAAAAUUUUAUUUUGUAGCCAUACUUAUGAUGCUCUUGAUUUGUUGGUUACACAAAUCAAUUUUAUUAAAAUCCAAAGAUAACAAGUCUUUAGGUAUAUUUUGUACCAGAUUAAAUUAGAAGACAAAAAUUGCGCUUUCAUAGUUGCUACAAAGGUAAAUAAUGGAGAGAUCUGGUACAAAACAACAAAUUAUAUAUAUAUAUAUAUAUAUAUUCUCAUAUAUAUAUAUAUAGCUAAUAAAAUUACCUGAGGAGUGUAAUGCUUGUUUAUUUUUUUGUGUAUAUCUUUGCAAUCUAUUUUAUAUAUAUUGACAAAAGAGACUGUGAAAUAUUUAGCCAUGCAGAAUAUGUGACCAGACCAGAGCAUGUGUAGGAAGACUUUGGUAAUCAUUAACUGUACCCUGAAAUGAUGGACUACAAGUUAUAAUGUGUGUUACCUACACUUCAAUCAGUAAUAUUAGCAAAUCUUCAAAUGUUAGUCACAUUGGUUUGUCUCCCUUGUACAUUCUUUAUUCAUGAUAUUACAGUGCUGUAACUGGGUGGUCCUUUUUAAACAAAACAUUAUUUGCAAAACAGAGGGUAUUAUUUGUUUUUAAAGCUUUUGUAAAUAAAGGCUUCAAAAUGUUUUCUUAUAAAUGUUGAUGACUGGUGAUUUUGUUUUGGAAAUACUCAUUUGGGGGAUAUUGUUCAUUUUUAUUUGGGCAACUCAACAGAAUUCAGUAACUUCCUUCAUUAAUCCUAGAUGAUUAUUAGUCCAUUAAUUGAAAAAUCAAUCUGAGUUUUCUGCAUUUCAAGUGUUGGCUUAUUCUUGUUCUUUAUGAGUACCUCAACUAGCUAAGUAAGGAUUUCUAUUUCUCCUUUUUAGGAAUGCAUUUAUUCAUAAGGAUAUACUUAAAAGGAAAUACAUCUGGUGUAACUGUGGCUUUUUAAAAAAUCUAACACAAUGUAGCAAGUUUCUGACUGGCUUCUUUUCAUUUUGUCUUUGCUAAAAAGGAAGUGAAACUUGUUUUCGCUUGUGAUUUCAGUGUUAGUUUUUAUUGAGAAAACUAACAUUUAAAUUCUGUUCAACUAAUAGUUAGCUAUUCUUUGAGAAAUCAAUGUAAAACCUUUUUAGUAGCCACAUCGUUGCUCAAUCUCAUAACUUGUAUCAGUUCUGGCUCUGUCCCUAAAAAGUGUAGAUAAUCCCUAACUUAACUAUCUUUCAACUUAAUGAUUUUUCAACUUUACAGUGGGUGUAUUGUAACCCCAUCAAAAGUUUAGGAGCUCCUUAGGACUAUGAUGGGGUUACAGUUUCUACUGAAUGUGUAUUGCUUUUGCACCAUUGCAAAGUCAAAGUUUGUAAGUUGAACCAUUGUAAAUUGGGGGACUCUAUGCUGUUGUCUGCAUUAAAUGAAUGUUAGUAUUUUUUCAGAUGUAACCUCAUUGUAGGUUGAGCACCUGUAUAGUAUUUUAUAACUUCUGUAGAGGAACAUUUUGACUUUUACUGGGUCUAAGUUUUACUUUAUUUUGUUCCAGUCUGAAUGUUUGUAGAGUCUAGGUUUUAGAUGUAAAGAUAUUUGGAUGAUAAUUUUUUUAGUGUUCCUGAACCAUUAAUUACAGACUCAUAUAGUCUGUUAAGUCUACUAGAGCAAGGGUUGUCAAACUAUGGCCUGCAGCCAGAAUCAGCUUGCUGCCUGUUUUUGUGUGGCCCGUGAACUGAAAAUGGCUUUUAGUUUUAAAUGGUUGGGAAAAAUAUUCAAAAGAUUAUUUCCUGAUAUCAGACAAUUACAUGAAAUUCAAUUUUUAGUGUCUAUAAGUUUUUAUGGGAAUGCAGCCACAAUCAUUUACAUCUUAUCUAUGGAUACUUUUUUGCUAUAAUGGAAAAGUUGAGUAGCUGCUACAGAACCUGUUUAAGUCUGUCUUGUUUUACGUUGCUGCUUGGCAAGCUACAGAAUCAUGGUGAUGCAGAUAUAACCUGAAAGCAUUUAGAAUGCCCGGUGUACUGCUAGAUUUAUUACUUUUUCUCCUACCAGUUCAUGCCCUGUAUCUCAGAACAGGAAAAGUACACUUUGAUACGUUUUCAAGGCACACUAGAAUAUGGACUAUUUUAUUAUAUGGUGGUAUGUUAUGUUUAUAAUGCAAUGACACUGUAACUGGUAAAAGAAUAAACUGACAGUAUCAGACUAACAUCACAAUAUUCCCAACUCGUGGAAAACAACAGUCAGAAGAAUUAGAAAAUUUAAAUGAAACAUCAUAGAAUUUCACAAAAUAAAAAUGAGGCUGCAACCAAAAUGUUUACAAGUGCCCAAUUUGUUAGCCAAGCAAAGAAAACCAUUUACUAAUGCUGAAUUAUAUCAUGCUUGAAGAUAGUAACCAACCCAAAGAAAUGUGUCCAGAUAAAAUGAAGGUAUCAGCCUUUUGAUGAGAACAGUCGUUUGAAGAAUGAGGAUUUUGGACACAACAUCAAAUGACACCAUUAAUUCUUUGCCUCUUACUAGUCAGUACUGCCUAGCUUUAUUUUUUGAGAAACCAUUGCUGGAUUAGAAGUGACUGAAGAAUUUAUGGAACUACAAGUGGGAAUAUUUUCAAAAAAGUUGAGAAACAGUACGACCUGAAGUGGAAUCUACUAAGAUGUGAUGCAACUGAUGCUGGGAAAAAAAUGCAUGGAGCAGAAAAAAAGUUUAUGUGGUCAAAUUUAUAAAGCUUGUGAAAAUGUAAGUUGUUUGAAGCCUAUAACUCUUCACUUGAUUAUGCAUCAGCAGGUAGUUUGCAGGAAAUAUUGGUGUUACUGAACUGGUCAACAGUGAACUUCAUUUGUUCUUGUGGACCUAACCAUCUUCAGUUCCAUAAAUUUUUUUGUGACAAACAGAAGCUGAAUAUCCUGAUUUGAUUUGCUACACAGGCAUUCAGUGGCUUAGCAGUGCUAAAGAUUUAUUUUUAUUUUUUGGGUUCUUGGCUGACAUUGAAAUUUUUCUGAAUGAGAAGAACCAUCCUCAAAUUUUAACACUGAGUAGCUUUGGAAAUUAGCUUUUGCCACAGACUUGAAAAUGUUUCUUAAUGAAUUUGACCUGAAAUUACAAGGUAAAACAAUAUGGUAAAUUCAUUUCAAUAAAAACUAAAAUUUAAAUAAUAAGAUUGUCAAGCUGCUUUAUAUACUUUCUGUGCUAUCAGGAGUCAAAACAGCGCUGUAUUGCCAAAUCCAUUUUUAGUGGAUAUAUUUUCCUGUAGCAGUUUUUUGGACUUUGAUGCAGUGCAAAGAAAAUUUUUAAAUUUUAAAAGCAUUUAACUGCAAUUGAAGACUUUCCUCUUAAUCUUCUGUUGGAAAUGAAUCAUCUUGAAUGAAUGACAUGCUAAAGGGCAAAUACCAAAAAGAUGAAUCCUACAAAUGCCUUACAAGUGAUGAAUAUGCUUAAGUAAAAUCACAUGCUCAUGGGUGGAUGUGUCAGUAUUUAGUACCUCGACCUAUUUGUGUGAAAAGAUACUUUCAAAGAUGAAAUAUGUGAAAUCUCAUUACACAUCAGCAUUUACAGAUUAACAUUUUCCAUUUAUUCCAGUGAGGGAAUACCAACUUUUAGCCCAAAUUGAACAAAAUGUUACCUCCUCUCCCCUGCCAAAAAAUCCCAUUAUUCCCAUUAGUAGACCUCUAUUACUAAAAAAAAAAAAAAAAAAAAAAAAAAAAAAAAAAUUGUACUUGAUAUUUUGAGUUUGCAAUUUUUAGAACAAAAAUUUUGUAAAAAGUUUCCUUGAGUACCUUAGUAAUGUCCUUCAUUUUGUCUUAGCUUGCAAAGCCUCUAAUAUUUGCUACCUGGCCUUUUUAAAAAAAUAAAAAGAAAAAAAAGAAGAAGGCUUGUCCCCUUCUCUACUAGAAGAAAUUCAAGGGUCUAUAUCUGUCCUGUUUGCUGUUUCAUCCACAUUGCCAAAUGCAGUGGCUCCUCUGGGUAGACAACCUGAGGUGGAAUCAAAUUAUGAAUGCAUGUUAUCUCAUGUCUAUAAAAUAAAUGUGUCAGAAUUUAUAAAUAAAGGGAUAGGAAAAAUACUGAUUAUUGUAUGUCAGUGCUUUGUAGUGAAGGCCAGUUCACACAUGCCAUUUGCUACGCUGGUGUAAUUUAUAUGAGAGCUUAAUUUAUAACAAUGUUACCUGUCAUUUAUUUUUCUAUUAAGACAUUAUGGAAAUGUAGGACUGUACACAUCCAAGUCCUGCAGAAUUUUCAUUUCAGGUUUUAAAAGUUAAAAUUCACCAUAGAGUGAAAAUUCCAAAAAACAAGAUUCAUUUACAUUAUCACUAGACAACUUCCAUUUGUUCUAACUUGUAUUAUAUAGUUUUCUAUAGCAUUAGUUACAUCUAACGUUUAGUAUAAAAGCAAUUGAGCAAUUUCUCUUUAGAAGUCCAUUUCAUUGCUUUGUAGCCAUUGUCUGUAGGUGAAUGAAUAAGCUACCUUUCUCCAAAAUUACUCUUCAUUUUCUUUUUAAAGAUAAACUGGUCAAUACUCUCCUUCCUGGUAUGGAGGAAUUUUUUGUACAUGAGAAGCAUUCAUGAAUAUAAUCUGCCCUCUUGCUUUAUUGUCAUAGGAGGGGAAAUUCACUGCUUUCACACUCUUCUUUUUUGGCUCUUUCUCCCAAAAGAUAAGAAUCUUUAUUUGGUAUGAUACCAAGAAAUUGGAGUUCAUUAGCUUCAGACAAUAUCAUCAUGGCUUCCAAAUUGUUAGGAAAUACAAGUUUGCAAGACCCCAAGGGGACUUAAUAUUUUAUAUCUUACUAGCCAUGUUAUAGGUUUUAAGUGUUUUUGAUGGGGAACUGUUUCACUCAUGCCAUAUACCUGUUUUGUUUUUCUAAAAAACUAACACUGUAAGUUGUUAGCAGGUAUCUUGUAUCACUGCAAAACCCAUGUAUAAUAAAAACUUGUUCUUGAG